UAAAACAAAAAAAAAAUAACUAGCCACAUUAAUAUGAGAGGCAUAAUAUUAGUGACCAGUGUUAUGUUAGUCUUAAAUAAUGAAGAAACAGUAACGGCAAAUCGAGAAGAUUUCUAUAAUGAAGGUACUGUUUCCUACGAGUACGCCCAACCAGUGCCGUGCGAGGAAUACUGCGAUAAUGAAUAUAAAAAAAUACAAAAGAGAGAAGACAAAUUUUCAACGCCCAUUAGAAGUAGGAUCGUCGAAACUAUGUUAAAAUCUCCAAUGUUCGCGUUUAACAGAUCUGAACCGAACAUAUUUUCAGCAUUCAGAGAUAAUUAUGAUUUACCUUUAGAAUUUAAAGGACCUCUUAAAGAAUACGAUUUCAUCAUAGUCGGUGCAGGAUCAGCGGGAAGUGUUCUCGCUUCACGACUCAGUGAAAGACGGAAAGCUUCCGUUUUAUUAUUAGAAGCGGGACAGGGCGAGGCUUUUCUAACAGGAGUACCGAUUUUAACUCCAUUAUUGCAACAAACAACGUACAUGUGGCCAUAUUUGAUGGAACAUCAACCAGGUGUCUGUAUGGGUAUGGUAAAUGAAAGAUGUUUUUGGCCCAGAGGAAAGGCAGUUGGCGGCACGAGUGUUGUCAACUUGAUGAUUUACACGAGGGGUAACAAAAUGGAUUGGGACAGAAUCGCAGCUAAAGGGAAUUACGGAUGGUCAUAUGACGAUGUAAUUCCUUAUUAUAUUAAAUCGGAGCGAGCAAAUCUCCGAGAAUUUAGAGAUUCGCCUUGGCACGGCAGAAGUGGUGAAAUGACUGUAGAGGAUAUUCCAUUCCGGUCCAAAUUAUCAAAAGCUUUUCUGGAUGCUGCAAUGUUAUUAGGAAACAGACGAGUUGAUUAUAAUAGUCCCGACAGUUUCGGUUUCAAUUACAUUCAAGCAACUAUGAGUCGUGGUAUACGGAUGAGUAGCGCUAAGGCGUUUUUACAUAAUAAAAAGAAAAGAAAAAACUUACACAUACUAACCAACAGCCAAGUGACCAGGGUAUUGAUUGAUCCACAAAGUAAAACAGCUACAGGUGUUGAAUUUAUAAGGAACGGACAGAGAUACAAAAUACGUGCUAAGAAAGAAGUUAUUCUGUCAGCUGGUCCUAUUGAAUCUCCUCAUUUACUUAUGUUAUCAGGAAUCGGUCCUAGAUCACAUUUAGAAUAUAUGGGCAUUCCCGUGAUACAAGAUCUCAAAGUCGGAGAAUCCCUGUACGAUCACAUAACAUUUCCUUCCAUCGUAUUUACUUUAAAUUCGACAAGGCUAACAAUAAUGGAAAGAAAAAUAAAUAACAUUGACAAUAUGGUACAAUAUAAUCAAUUUGGAGACGGACCCUUUUCAUCCUUAGCUGGAAUAGAAACAAUAGGAUAUAUCAAAACUAACUUAUCUGAUGAAAAAGAGGAUUUUCCUGAUUUGGAACUAUUCGAAGGAUGCGCUUCAUUUUCUUCAGAUGAAGGUAAUGCUGUAGCUAGAGGAAUUCAUAUGGCCGACUGGCUAUACAAAGAUGUUUAUAAGCCGAUAGAAGAUGUUGAAAGCUUUACAGUACUUUUUAUGUUAUUACAUCCAAAAUCGAAAGGAUACCUGAGACUCAGAUCAAAAAAUCCGUUUGACUAUCCAAAGUUGUAUGGCAAUUAUUUGACUCAUCCAAAAGACGUUGCAACAAUGAUAGCCGGUAUACGAUAUAUUAUACGGAUGGUUAAUACUCCGCCAUUCCAGAAGUAUGGAGCGACUUUGUAUACGAAAAAAUUUCCAAAUUGUAAGCAGUUUGAUUUUGGCACCGACAGUUAUUGGGAAUGUGCUAUUAGAACCGUUACAAUGACCCUUCACCAUCAGAUCUCCACGUGUAAAAUGGGUCCUGCGUCGGAUCCCGAAGCAGUAGUAGAUCCGGAAUUACGUGUAUACGGAAUAAAAAAAUUACGGGUGGCGGAUAGCAGCAUUAUACCAAAUACCAUAGCGGCGCACACAAAUGCACCAGCGAUUAUGAUCGGAGAGAAAUGUGCAGAUAUGAUAAAAAAUACAUGGGCUUUAAAUUAAAUUUACGGUUAAUGUUAAAAUAAUGUAACUAAUUAUAUUAUAAGAUGA